UGUUGUAUUAUCUAUUUUAGGUUAAAUUUGAGGUGGCUUUUAAAAAUAAUAUAUAACAAUCAUAAUAAUUAAAUCGGCGGCGAUAAUAAUAACAAUAAUAAUGACGAUUGACGAUAAGUCGUUGCCGUCAUCGGGCCAAUUUAAAUAUUUCGAAUAACGAUAAUAUUGUUAUUAUUUUAUUAUCGGAUAAUACCGAUUCGCGAGUUCGUUUCGUGACUCGCCACUCACGAGUCACGUCGUCACGAGUAGUUUCUAAUUCGUCGUCGUCGUUGUCACUCGCCGAUCGUCGUCUGUUCGUACAGAAAUAGUUGACGACUCGUAGUCGGUCUCUUUUACUUAUCACGUACUAUUAUAGUACCGACCAAAAUAAUAUCAAUAUUUAUUAUUAUAUUAAAUAUAAUAUUGUGUUCGGUUCGUGCUAAAGUCGUUGUCGUCAUCUCUGAACAAGUAAGUGCUGCAUUCCUAGACUUUUAAGUAGCAGACGGUUGUAAGUCAUCAUUAAUCGGCAUCAGUAAUGAUCGGAAUACGGUCUUCGUUACGUUUUAAAACGACCGCUUGUAAAAAAUCUCUGGGCACCGUGUUUAAACAGAUGAAUAAAGAUACCAAGCAGUUAUUCGGUGAUCUAUUGGAAACGAACAAAACGCGAAAACAUCGUUUGAAAUUGGCAGAGAAAAUCGUGGGCGACGAGAAGGAAAAAGAAAACAAUUACCUCAAUCGAUUAAAGUCAAAGAUCAAACCGACGUCGGAAGAUAAUAUCAAUAGUAUGGUAAAUGAUUCAAAGCAGAAUUUAAACCAAGAAUACUACGAAAAGCUCACCGUCGAAAUACCUUCCGAAAUGAUUAUUCACGAAACCCCAAAACGUGAUCUACCUUCAGUAACAAACAUUCUUAAUACCACAAUGUCAGAGAAGUCAAAAGCAGCUUUAGAAAAUUGGAAAAAGAGUAUGAUUGAAAAGCUAGGAGAAGACGGUUUUAAUAAAUACAGCAGAGAACUAAUGGCCAUGGGAAGCGCUAUGCAUAGUAAAAUACGGUCACAUUUAACCGGCUGCCCACCGAACGUAAGCCAUUACGAGGAAGUAGAAAACUGUUGGAAAAGUUUGGAUGCAGUUAUAAAAAACGUUUCGAAACCGAUUUUGGUGGAAAAAAUGGUCGUACACGACGGAUUGUCGUACAAAGGCAUCGUGGACUGCGUCGCGUUUUAUAAAAAUAUUCCUGUCGUGAUUGAAUGGAAGAAGUCGUCACGUGAUAAAUCGAGUUUGCAGGCGACGUAUGAUGCGCCUAUUCAAUUGGCGGCUUACAUGGGAGCUGUGAAUAACGAUAUUUCCUACGACUUUAAGGUCGAAGAAGGAUUAGUAGUCGUCGCAUACAGCGACGGUCAUCCGGCCAACGUUUUUAAACUGACGAAACAGGCAUGCCUUGAUUAUUGGACGAUUUGGAUGAAAAGACUGAAUAAAUACAAACAAAUUCAAAGUAGUCUUAAAUAAUUAUUGUUAUAGUCCAAUUAAUAUAAUU